CAAACCGGGCCACACAUCCGAAGCCAGAAAUUAAAUUAUCCUCCACCAUUUUGUUUAUUUUCGCGAAUAUAAGUACCUACCCGGUUACGUUAGUGGUUUUUUAUACGCCGCUGUACGAUAACGUGAUAAAGUAAAUCUUGCAAUGAUCAAAAGAUUAGGAAUGUGCUAUUAGCGUACCUAUCUUCCAUUGGAUCCUUGUGUUGAAAUUUGCAGUCAUCGGCCGCGCCGCAAGUAAACACUCUUCAAAAAUUAACAUCUUGCCCUCCAAAAGAAACAAAAGUCCGGGUACGCAGGGUGUCAGAGUCGAUGAGAAAGGUUCGUUGAAGUUUGUUCAACGGAUUUUCAAUAGGUCCAAAGGGACCGAUCCCUUGGCGUUAAAGGAAAUAUCGAAGAGUUUUGGGCGAGAGUCCCCCGUGGCGCGCCCGGCUAACAUGAACCACACGCCUGCUCCGGACAGGCAGCAGCACGACUCCAAUGUGAACCAGGUGGAGGAAAUGGAGACUCAGGAAGUGGAGACUGUAGAAACAGCUACAGAUAAGACUUGGGACGACGAUCUUAUGAAAGGGCCCAACGGCGAAGUCGUGAUGAGCGACGUAAUGAAGAACCAGGAGACCACCUCCUCCGACAUGCCUCUUGCCUGUCUGGACGCCGAAAUGGAGGAUGACGAAGCGCGUUCCGAGGCGACCUUCCGCUUCACAGUCCAUAACUUCAGAAACCUGAAGGACUCUGUGCUUUCUCCACCUUGUUAUGUCCGCAACUUGCCUUGGAAGAUCAUGGUGAUGCCUAGACAAGCGCCCUCUGCCGACCGUCAGCAGCAAAAGUCCCUGGGCUUCUUCCUGCAGUGUAACGGCGAGAGUGAAUCCUCUAGCUGGUCAUGCUACGCCAUGGCCGAACUUAGGCUGAUCUCCCAUAAGCCGGAUACUGAACCGUUUUAUAGGAAGAUCCAGCAUUUGUUUUACAGCAAGGAAAACGAUUGGGGUUUCUCGCACUUUAUGUCAUGGACCGACGUUCUCGACCCCGAGAAAGGUUACAUCAAGGACGACGCUAUCACUCUCGAAGUCCACGUCACUGCCGAAGCCCCCCACGGCGUCUCUUGGGACUCUAAGAAGCAUACAGGAUAUGUUGGUCUGAAAAACCAAGGCGCUACUUGUUAUAUGAACUCACUGCUUCAAACCCUGUACUUCACCAACCAACUAAGGAAGGCUGUCUACAAGAUGCCUACAGAAUCUGAUGAUAGCACCAGGUCCGUGGCACUAGCGUUGCAGAGAGUAUUUUACGAACUGCAAUUCUCUGACAAACCGGUCGGUACCAAGAAGCUGACUAAGAGUUUUGGCUGGGAGACCCUUGACUCUUUCAUGCAACAUGAUGUACAGGAAUUCCUGAGAGUACUUCUGGAUAAACUGGAGAGCAAGAUGAAAGGCACUUGCGUGGAGGGUACUGUCCCGCGGCUGUUCGAAGGCAAAAUGACUUCGUACAUCAAGUGCAAGAACGUGAACGUGUCCAGCACGCGUGUCGAGACCUUCUACGAUAUUCAACUCAAUAUUAAAGGGAAGAAGAACAUCGACGAGUCGUUCAAAGACUACAUCAGCACGGAGACGCUCGACGGUGAAAACAAGUACGACGCAGGCGAACACGGCCUGCAGGAAGCCGAGAAAGGCGUCAUCUUCGCCUCCUUCCCUCCCGUUCUGCAUUUGCAUCUUAUGCGCUUUCAGUACGAUCCCAUCACGGAUAGCUCCGUCAAGUUUAAUGACAGGUUCGAGUUCUACGAGCACAUCAACCUUGAUGCAUAUCUGCAGGAGAAGCCGGAGACGCCUGCAGAUUACACGCUACACGCGGUGCUGGUGCACUCGGGCGACAACCACGGCGGGCACUACGUAGUCUUCAUCAACCCCAAGGGCGAUGGAAAAUGGUGCAAGUUCGACGACGACGUAGUGUCGAGAUGCACGAAACAAGAGGCCAUCGAGUACAACUACGGCGGGCACGACGAGGACAUGGCGCUUACUGUGCGCCACUGUACCAACGCCUACAUGUUGGUCUACAUUAGGGAUUCACAGUUAAAAACUGUGUUGCAAGAAGUCACACAAGCAGAUAUACCCACGGAGCUCAGCGAACGACUAGCAGAAGAAAAGAGGAUUGAAACGAUACGACGCAAAGAGCGCAACGAAGCUCAUCUCUACAUGAACGUCAAUGUAGUGCUGGAAGAGGCUUUCGAUGGCCACCAGGGCAAUGACCUCUACGACCCUGAGCGGGCUCACUAUAGGGUGUUCCGCGUUCGCAAACAGGCUACUGUGGCUGAGCUCAUGGAGACGUUGGCCGAGAACUUCAAGUAUCCGCUCAAACAGUUACGCCCUUGGCCUUUUAGUGCGCGUUCCAAUCAGACAUGCAGACCAACGUGUCUUGACAUCGUGAACGAUCAACACAAAACGGUAGCAGACAUAUCCGAAAACAUGAACCCGUGGAACAUCUUCCUUGAGAUGUUGCCACCAGACUCUGGCCUUAGUACACUACCCACGUUCGAUAAGGAAAAUGAUGUGGUGUUAUUCUUCAAGUAUUAUGACCCGAAACAGAAGCGUAUACAUUAUUGUGGACAUCACUAUCUGCCAAUUUCAAGCAAACCAGUUGAUCUCGUACCCAUACUCAAUAAACGCGCAGGUUUCAGUCCAGACACGCCACUGGUUUUGUACGAAGAAAUCAAGCCAGACUUCGUCGAGAAGAUCAACAACUACAACGACCCUCUCGAAAAGGUAUUGGACGAGCUGAUGGACGGCGAUAUCAUCGUGUUCGAGCGCGCCGACAACCGCCACGACGACCUCGAGCUGCCCACCUGCCAGGACUACUUCAAGUAUAUCUUCUACAAGGUCGAGGUGCAGUUUGUCGAUAAAACUGUGCCCAAUGACCCUGGGUUCACAAUGGAACUGUCGAUGCAGAUGCGCUACGAUCAAAUGGCGCGGGCGGUUGGCCAGCGGCUCAAUGUGGAUCCUUACUUAAUACAGUUCUUUAAGUGUCAAAAUUACAAAGACACGCCGGGACUGCCCUUGAGAUACUCGUACGACGGAAUACUUAAGGACUUACUAGUGUACUGUAAACCAAAGUGCCCUAAGAAAUUAUUCUACCAGAUUUUAUCUAUUAAAGUUAACGAAUUGGACAACAAGAAACAGUUUAAAUGUCUAUGGGUCGGUCCGAACUAUAAAGAAGACAAAGAAUUAAUUUUAUAUCCAAAUAAAGGAGGUAAAGUGGCGGACAUCUUGGAAGAGGCAGCUAAAGUCGUCGAAAUGUCGCCCGAUGGAUCCGGAAGAUUACGAAUCGUGGAAGUGUCGUGUCACAAAGUAUUACCCGGGCCUGACCCGGAACUGACGUUGGACCAGGUGAUCAUCUCGCCGCCGCGGCUUUAUAGAAUAGAGGAGAUACCAAGGGAUGAGCUACACUUACAGGACGACGAGGUGUUAGUGCCGUGCGCGCACUUCCACAAGCAAGUGUACGCAACGUUCGGCAUCCCGUUCUACGCGCGCGUCAAGCACAACGAGCCCUUCCAGGCCGUCCGGGACCGCCUGCAGAAGAAACUCGACAUACCCGACAAGGAGUGGGAAAAGUACAAUUUUGCUAUAGUGACAAAUGGCAGACCUAACUACAUAAGCGAAGGAGCGACAAUAAACAUUUUUGACUUCAGACCGAGUAGUAACGCUAAUCUGUCCCUUCCAGACGCGACGGGCCGGCCGUGGCUCGGGCUGGAGCACAUCAACAAGACGCCCAAGCGGUCCCGCGUUAACUACUUAGAGAAGGCUAUCAAGAUUUAUAACUGAGUCAUAAUGCGCGCGCCCUGGUUCGCUUGGCGAAAACACACCCCUGGGUGUGCUCAAGGGCGAAUUCCAAACCUCGCUCUCCGCGAUAGUAACUCAAGCUCCAGCAAUAACUCGUGAUAGUUUUGAUAACUCUGCAGUAAUUUAUUUGCGAGAAUUGUUAUAGAAUAAAUUAUUUAAUAAAAUACAGGAAUAGACUCAUAGUUACUAUCGUGCGGGUCCGCAGCAGCCUUAUUUACACGUAAUAUUGUUCAUCGCAAACACCAAUUUGACUCCCUACACCGUGUUACUAUUUAAGUUUUAGACCAGCUAGCAGAUUUAACCAUGCGAUUACUAUCAGCACUAAACCGUGGUCACAGGCUCAAAGCACAUGGGCGAAAUAAGCGGUCGUCAAUAAUUUGUGAUGUAAUCAAUAUGACAAUGUAUUAGAGUAUUAUCCCAUUCGUGUAUAGCAAUUUCUUUCAUGCAUCUAGUUAGCCUUUGAAUGUCAGUUACGUUUGAACUAUGUCAAUUUGUUUUGUCGCCUUUUAGCAUACCCAGUGUUGAAAAUCGUGUUGUGGCCUCCCGUUUUUUAGAAAAAUCUGAUACAAAAAUUGCUGUCUUAUUUAUAUUUUAGCAUUGAACUGGUCGGUUGAAGGUGGUAAAUGCCGGGCAGUGCCAAGCCGCGUUUAAUUAUGCGCGCUCCCUUGUUAUCGACGGGCUGCACCUAACUUUGGUGAUUCGGCAACUUUUUAACUCUGAAGAGUACUAUUAUAUCCUGUAUAUUUAUUAUGUAAUAUGCGAAUUUUACAAUAGGAAAGUUUGUAAGAGUAUUUUACAAUAGAAUAAUGUGCCUGUAAAACAUUUAUGGCCUGUCAGGCUUAUUGUUAGCUCUCGUAUUUUGUUCAAAUAGCAAUUUUAAAUGAAAUCUCCUAAAUGUAGGGAACUCUGUUACAUUAGGAUAAAACGUUUUAAAGAAACUGGAUCAGUAGCGUCCUAAGAAGGUGAAAUCUGACCUUCACAUAUCUUUAAAACUAGUGAAAACACGACAUUUUUAUUUAAAUUGAAUUUUCUGUAAGUAUUAACAAUUUCUUAUUUUGGAUUUCUUUUCAUUCUUUUUUUUACGUUUUCAUAUGUGUCAUAUAAUUUGUUGCAUAUUUAUUGCUAUUGAAUUUGUAAAGCUUCUGACAUCUUACUUUUGGGAGACAGUAAUCAGUUCAAUCAAUUGAUAUGUAUAAUGAAAUGAAUUGUUUAAAAUUGAUAAUUUGUAACAAUCGAAUUUAUUCCUUUAUCGCAAUGUGAUAAUACCAUAUAGUAAAGCGUGUAUAUAUUUAUUGCACACCCGUCGAAACAGUAAUGCGUAGGUUUGUGAUCUUUCUAGCGCCUGAAUGUUAUAUUAGGUUAGGGGUUGAAAAAAAAAUUGCGGCGAGUAUUUAUAUAGGUACAGUAUGUUGGAAUGGUUGUCGAAUCACCAAAUAAAGAGUGUACACUUGGGGUUAAUACUCCGCGCGUAUCUCGACCUCACUGUACACAGGAGUAACUGCACUUUAGAGCAAUAACACUAGCACUGUGUUGUUAAUUCGGGCUUAAAGCCAUUAACAUCCCGAACAUGUAUAUGUUACUAUUUAAUUUUUUACUUGACCUUCCAGAGAAAUGUUACGUUAUUAAUAAAUGAUUAUGUCGAAAUUAUGUAUAUAUAUGAUGUAAUAAAUUAAGAAAAAUACAAUAAGUUUUCGUAAAAAUGCCUUAGACGUUUUAAGACAUUUUAGUGAUUUGGAUGAUACAACCUACUUUGAUAAUUUUACCCUCUUAGUUUUCAUUUCACCACACAAGAGAGGGCGUCACGUCAUCUCGCGUCUAUUUUUCUUUUAAACAUUUUUGAGUCUAUUCAUUCAUUAUUAAUUUAACAUUGUGUUUUUAUUGCGCUGUUUCAUUAACCAGGUUUUAAGGUACUUUGAGAGAAUCUUAGAAUUAUAGUGGCUUUUACUAUACAUGCCGAAAAUAUGCAAAUGGGAUUAUAGACUGUUAGCUGAUUCACGUGUCGAACAGAGGUCGACCCCUCGCGAGGAUAAUGUACACGGCUUGUACAAACCAUUGGGAAUUAUUCCAAUGUUUGUUAUGUUGGAUUUGAAU